AAACGCGCUUCACUUUAAAGCCACUCUCUUAUUCUUCUCCCCUUUCAAAACCUUCAAACGCAAAGUCUUCUCUCUCUCUUUCUCUUUCUCUGGACGGCACUUAUUUACGUUCUCGCACAGAUCUGACGGUGCCGUUUUUACUUCAUCAGGUCAGAUCUAGCUGAUCUGAAUCCGACGCCGUCUUAGUAACCGGCACCGAUCUGUCUUUUUUUAAAAAGAAAUGGAGAAUUUGAUAUCUCUUGUCAACAAGAUUCAAAGAGCUUGCACGGCUCUUGGUGACCACGGUGAGGCAAGCGCAUUGCCUACUCUUUGGGACUCUUUACCGGCGAUUGCCGUCGUCGGCGGUCAGAGUUCAGGGAAGUCUUCGGUGCUCGAAAGCAUUGUCGGCAAGGAUUUUUUACCACGUGGAUCCGGAAUUGUUACUCGGAGACCUUUGGUGUUACAGCUUCAUAAGAGUGAAGAAGGAAGCAGAGAAUACGCUGAGUUUCUUCACCUUCCAAGAAAAAGAUUCACCGAUUUCUCUGCUGUUAGGAAAGAGAUUCAAGAUGAGACGGAUAGAGAAACUGGCCGAACCAAACAAAUCUCCAGUGUUCCAAUUCAUCUUAGCAUAUAUUCUCCCGGCGUUGUCAAUUUGACUCUAAUUGACCUUCCCGGUCUUACGAAGGUAGCAGUAGAGGGUCAACCAGACAGCAUUGUGCAAGAUAUUGAGAAUAUGGUUCGCUCCUAUAUUGAGAAGCCCAACUGUAUAAUCUUAGCAAUUUCACCUGCUAAUCAAGAUCUUGCUACAUCAGAUGCAAUUAAAAUCUCACGUGAGGUGGACCCUACAGGGGAGAGGACACUUGGUGUCUUGACAAAGAUUGAUCUGAUGGAUAAGGGUACUGAUGCAGUUGAUAUUUUGGAAGGAAAAUCUUAUAGGCUGAAAUUCCCUUGGGUUGGUGUUGUGAACCGCUCACAAGCAGAUAUUAACAAGAAUGUUGACAUGAUUGCUGCUCGGCGCAGAGAACGAGAGUAUUUUGCUAAUACACCAGAGUAUAAGCACCUUGCACACAGAAUGGGUUCUGAGCAUCUUGCUAAGGUGCUCUCAAAGCAUUUGGAAACUGUAAUCAAGUCCAGAAUCCCAGGGAUUCAGUCCCUUAUUAAUAAAACAAUUGCUGAACUCGAAACUGAAUUGAGUCGCCUUGGAAAGCCUAUUGCAGCUGAUGCAGGCGGAAAAUUGUACACAAUUAUGGAGAUUUGUCGUCUUUUUGAUCAAAAUUACAGGGAGCAUCUGGAUGGCGUGUAUGUAUCAAUUCUCUUGUUUUUAUCAUCCUUAAGUCACCUGUGCCCUGGCAGGUAUGGAUGCCGUCUUUUUGACUUUAAUUAUUGUUACAGGCGACCUGGUGGUGAUAAGGUGUACAAUGUUUUCGACAACCAACUUCCUGCUGCUUUGAAAAGGUUGCAAUUUGACAAGCAACUUUCAAUGGAGAAUAUUAGGAAGCUCAUUACUGAAGCUGAUGGAUAUCAACCUCAUUUAAUAGCUCCUGAACAAGGAUAUCGUCGUUUGAUUGAAUCUACUUUAAUUACUAUUAGAGGUCCGGCUGAGGCUGCUGUUGAUGCGGUUCAUUCCAUUCUGAAGGAUUUGAUUCACAAGGCUAUGAGUGAGACUCCAGAGUUAAAGCAGUAUCCUGCUCUGAGGGUCGAGGUUGGAAAUGCUGCAGUUGAGUCUCUUGACAGAAUGAGGGAACAGAGCAAAAAAGCAACACUUCAACUGGUUGAUAUGGAAUGUAGUUACCUUACAGUUGAUUUCUUCCGAAAGCUUCCUCAAGAUGUUGAGAAGGGUGGCAACCCUACACAAUCAAUAUUUGACAGAUACAAUGACUCAUACCUGAGGAGAAUUGGGACAACCGUUUUGUCAUAUGUUAAUAUGGUUUGUGCUACUUUGCGGCACUCCAUUCCAAAGUCCAUUGUUUAUUGUCAAGUCCGUGAAGCUAAAAGAAGCCUGCUGGACUUUUUCUACACUGAAUUGGGUAAACUGGAGCAAAAACGAUUAUCAGCAUUGUUGAAUGAGGAUCCAGCAAUCAUGGAGCGACGUAGUGCUCUUGCAAAGAGGCUGGAAUUAUACAGGAGUGCACAGGCAGAAAUCGAUACAGUUGCUUGGUCCAAGUAGACUGGUGGCAUCAUUCUUUCAUUUAUGAGCAGAGUAACUGGGGAAGAACCGGGGAGGGUCAUUUUGUUGUUUGUCAUGAAGGCAAAAUAGUUUUAACCAGAAAGCAACUUCAUUUGUUGUGUAUGCUACAUUUAUAUAUAUCUAUAAUAUACAAAUGUUUGCCAGUCUUGGUCUGGGAGUAUUUGCGCUUUGUCUAA